AGUCCAUAUGAAUCAUCUGUGAAAAAUAUUUUACGUUUUGUUAUUGUGCAAAAUUUUCAUCUAGUUUUGGUAUCCGAAUAUAACGAAAUAUAAUUCAGUGAAAUCAUGUCUGUUAAUACAGCCCAUGCUAAUAAUGGAGUGUUGAUCCACUCCGGCGAAACAAUAAUUCUAUUCAGCGACAAUGUGUCCAUGGAGUUUUCGGGUCAAGAUAAUGGCCUAUUCAAAGGAACGAAAACCGGAAAAAUGUAUCUGACGACACAUCGAAUGAUCUUCAAUAGCAAAACAUCGCAAGAUCCCUUGCAAUCGUUCAGUUUCCCGUUCAUUUGUUUAUCGGACGUGGAAGUGGAGCAACCGGUCUUUGGUGCUAAUUACAUACGUGGAAAGGUCAGGGCACAGCCGGAUGGAAAUUUUACCGGUGAAGCGAAAUUCAAGUUGCUGUUUAAAUCCGGUGGAGCUAUUGACUUUGCCCAAUCGGCAUUGAAAGCUGCUUACAUUGCAAAGAAAUACGGAAAUAACAGUGCACCACCACCAUACACACCACCAACGGGUGCUUGGUAUCAAGCACCACCACCAGCAUAUUCAGCAAAUCCGAAUGGAUAUUAUGGCUGGGUGCCGAACACUCAAGCAUUCCCCAAUCCACCACCUCCAAAUACAGUUUUCAUGCAUGAUGCUCCGCCUCCAUAUCCUGGUAUAGUGCCACAAGGACCGACACCAAACGGAUAUGCAGGUGGGCCACCAAGUUAUGGCGGAUAUGGAGCACAGCCACCAGCGUAUCCUGGAGUACCAUCGGCUGGAGGAAUGUAUCCUGGAUUGCCGAAUGGUCAGCAAAACUAUCCAGCAAGUCAACCGGGUUAUCCUGGAAGUCAGCCAAGCUAUCCAUCAGGCCAGCCAAACUAUCCAUCUGGUCAACCAAGCUAUCCACCAACUCAGCCAAACUAUCCAGGUGGACAACCAGGUUAUCCAGCUGCACAGUCUAACUUUCCUGGUCCACAGCCAGGCUAUCCGCAAUGGGGAAAUCCAGGUUUUCAACAAUCGUCUACCGGUGGCUUCAGUGGAACAGUCGUGAAUAAUGGUCCGGGUUAUCCGAACAAUGCUGGAGGUUCUGGUCCAUCGGCACCGAGCUAUUCGAAAGAGGAGGAAGCUAAUCAGAGUGUCAAUUAUAAUGAACGAAUGAUGGCUCAACAAAACAAUGGUGGAUUUGCUCCGCCACCGGAUAUGAAUGAACUACCGCCAAGUUACAACUCGUUGAACAAGAAGCAGAAUUGAAAGCGAACACCAACCAAUCUCAAUGCAACACGAUCUGCACACAUUAUAAUACACAAUACAAUUAUGAGCUGAAUUGCUGUCAUAGAAAUUACAUGAUUAUGAAAUCAAUAUAGCUUUUACACGGCAUGUAAGUAAAAUCGCAUUCCUUCUUAUACUUUGCAGUAGUUGGUUAUUAUUAGUCGGCAACACCAUUCGUUUGCUGAUUAACCGGUAUUACAUCGAUGUUAUAUUCUUGUUUUUAUUCAAUUUUAUGUCUACGUUUAACUAAACGAAU